UCCUUCCCCCAUCUUUUCUCUCUCCUCUUACAGCUGCAGGGAACUUCGUGGCCUCGGUGAAAAGCAGCAUUUCUGACGUGAACAAUCCAACAAGUCUGAACUUUUACCCUGUUACAUCUGUCUAGAGUGAGGACAUCCAUCUGUCUGAGAGGAGCUUUGGAGAGACUCCUAAGAACAAAGCUACACAUAAACAUUUGGAAGAGUCUGAACACAGAGUGAACUUCCACAAGGAUCUAGCCGUCAAAUAAUCAGAAAAGAAAUCCAACCUUGUUCUUGGCCAGGUGACGGCUUGAAGAGGAUUCUUUCAGUCCAGCAGAAGUAGAUCUCUCAAGUCACAACCGCAGCAGCCAGGAUGGAGCUCCAGAAGCUGAAUGGACACAGCAGGGAAGAUGGGUUUGAUGAGCUGGGCGCCUUGGCUGAACAGGAGAAGUUUCUCCCUAAUAAAACUGGUGUCAAGAAAGAAAACCAAUUUACAGAUUUCGAAGGAAAGACCUCAUUUGGCAUGUCCAUCUUUAACCUCAGUAACGCCAUCAUGGGCAGUGGAAUUCUGGGAUUGGCUUUUGCGAUGUCCAACACCGGAAUCGUUCUUUUUCUAGUCCUGUUGGUGUCCAUCGCCAUUCUGUCUGCAUAUUCCAUUCACCUCCUGCUGAGAAGUGCCGGAGUUGUCGGCAUCCGGGCUUAUGAGCAGCUUGGGAAUCGGGCUUUUGGUACAUCGGGAAAAAUAGUGGCCGGAUGCAUCAUUACAGUACACAACAUUGGAGCAAUGUCCAGCUACCUCUUCAUCGUCAAGUCUGAGCUCCCACUGGUUAUUCUAGCUUUCCUCGGUAAAUACGAAAACACAGGAGAGUGGUUCAUGAAUGGAAACUACUUGAUCAUGAUUGUUAGUGCUUUCGUCAUCCUUCCUCUUUCACUCAUGAAACGACUCGGUUAUCUGGGCUAUACCAGUGGCUUCUCCCUCUCCUGCAUGGUGUUUUUCCUCAUUUCGGUUAUCUACAAGAAAUUCAACAUUGAAUGUCCACUGGAGGAUACACAUCAUAACAUUACUCCUGCUUACGUCCACACUGCCGUUAAUGUGACGGACGACUUCUGCGAGGCCAAAAUGUUUACCAUGAACUCACAGACUGUGUACACUAUUCCAAUCCUGGCUUUCGCUUUCGUCUGCCACCCAGAGGUGCUACCAAUCUACACUGAGCUACGAGACGCCACCAAGAGACGUAUGCAGACUGUCGCCAACAUCUCCAUCCUGGCCAUGUUCGUCAUGUACCUGCUAACGGCUCUCUUUGGUUACCUCACCUUCUAUGGUGCUGUGGAGUCAGAGCUGUUACACACCUACAGCCGAGUGGACAACCUGGACGUCCUGGUUCUCUGUGUGCGUCUGGCCGUGCUGGUGGCCGUCACUCUGACUGUCCCUGUGGUUCUUUUCCCGAUCCGCAGGGCCUUGCUCCAGAUCUUGUUCCCUGACAAGCCUUUCAACUGGAUCAUACACAUCGGCAUCGCAAUUUGUCUCAUCUUUGUGGUCAAUCUGCUCGUUAUCUUCGUGCCCUCCAUCCGCGACAUCUUUGGCCUAAUCGGAGCCACAUCUGCCCCCAGCCUCAUCUUCAUCCUACCUGGAAUCUUCUACGUUCGUAUCGUUCCUGAAGACCAGGAGCCUUUUCUGUCCAGACCCAAGAUUCAGGCCGCAUGCUUUGCUGCACUGGGAUUCAUCUUCAUGGUCAUGAGUUUGUCGUUCAUCAUCAUUGACUGGUCGACGGGGGAGUCGAGAAGCGGAGGCGGGCACUAGCAGUCGUCACUGAACAGAGAUAAUAAUACAAACAGAAUGCCAACCAAAGCGCUCCCUGUCAGUAAAUUACCCCUCAUCUUUUCCUCUCCAAAAGCCAAACAAGAAAGUUUGGCCGUGCAAGACGAAGGAUAUGUGAAGAACCUUCGCUUGCAACACAAAAAAAAAGAAGCGCUUCGCCAUGUGAUGGGGCAGACAAAAGGCCCAGUAAUGGAGGAGACGCAUGAGAAUACAAAGCAAUGUGUUCUGACUGAAUAAAACCCAUGUCACACCUCGCAGUAAGGAUGUCGUUCGGAGGCAUGUGUAGAAAUGCAAAAGGAUGAAUGGGAACAGCAUGAGUCAAAUGGAAAUCCCAUUUUAGAGUUUGGAUGCGUACAGUUCCGUGGAAUAGCUCAGUCACUGCCAAAAUCCUUACUUCCCUACCAUCUCAGAUUUUACAGGACAGGAAUUUGAUUGUGUCGUUUUCAUACCAAAAAAACAUUUCAGUUUGUUCAUCCAGAAGUUGCUGUAUCAUUACACAUUUAAGACUGUAAAAUCUGCUGGUACUGUGUUGUCCAAAUUUCCUCAAACCUCACAGAUUCAGCUAAAUGUGACACACAAGGGUUAGUCUGCAGCUCCACGCUAACCAUUCCAAUCUACCUAAAUAAAAGUUUCAAUGACUCUUACAUUAAAUAAUGUUCUUAAUGUGAUAUUAAUGGGACACUUAACAUGACUGUUGUAGAGCUGAUCACCUUCAAAGCUGAGCCUAAGGUGAUCUUUUACAAGUAUGGUACAAUUUGUGGUGUUCGGCUGCUAUCCAUGAAGGUCAAACAGACAGUUACUGGCAAUCCCACGUGAAUCAACAGACACAGAGAGGUGGUUUGUACAGUUUUUAUGUAUUCCUGGAAAAAGUUCCCUUGUUGCAAACCAAAGAAUAUAAUAUUGUGUCACGCUGAAAUAGGGUGGAACACACUCUUUUUUAUAUUUAUGUUCAGCAAAGGCCAAUUAAAAAUUGUACAUGAAACAA